AUGUCAGAUACUCAAUCACCGUCGAACAUAUCUCGCGACCCCGAGAAACUACUAGGACACGUCGAUGAUGCCGGUCUCCCAAAUGUCGAACACCUCCCAUCCAACAGACCAGAUACACCAACGUACCGAGCCGACGAUGGCAGCUCACAAGGGGAGGAUCCUGAUCGGUUUGUGGUUUGGUGGACUUCUCCCGAGGAAGAGGACCCAACCAACCCGAUGAACUGGUCGGAACCGCGAAAAUGGGGUAUCAUCGCUGUGGUCUCGUUUAUCAGCUUCCUAACGCCUCUAGCAUCAUCUAUGUUUGCGCCUGGAGUUCCGGACGUAAUGGAAGAAUUCGGCACAAGCUCCAGCGUACUCUCUGGAUUCGUCGUGUCGGUUUUUGUACUUGGCUUCGCAUUUGGACCGCUGGUAGUCGCUCCACUGAGUGAGGUGCUAGGCCGUGUAAUUAUCUACAACGUGUCCAAUGUCCUAUUUUUGGUCUUCACAAUCGCCUGCGCCGAGUCCAAGACCAUGGGGAUGUUGAUCGCCUUCCGAUUUCUCGCCGGGUUUGUUGGCGUCACUGCACUGACUUGUGGUGGGGGGACUGUUGCGGAUCUGAUGCCGCAAGAGAGACGGGGAGGCGCGAUUGCCAUCUGGUCAUUAGGGCCGCUUUUUGGACCAAUUAUCGGACCUGUGACCGGAGGAUUCUUGAUUGAGGCGAAAGGGUGGAGAUGGGCGUUUUGGGUCAUUGCCAUUGUGGCCGGAGCAACCUUGAUUUUUGCCUUUUUCACUUUGCGCGAGACAUAUGCGCCUGUUAUUUUGGAGCGAAAGGCAGCUCGUUUACGGAAAGAAACUGGGAAUAACAAUUACCGCUCGAAACUCGCCAGUGACCUAGCACCAAGAGACCUCUUUCUUAGCAGUGUCCUUCGACCUACUCAGAUGCUUCUGUUUUCCCCGAUUGUCACCUGUAUGUCGAUCUAUCUUGCGGUGAUGUACGGCCUUCUCUACAUCCUCUUCACGACAUUCACCUUUGUUUUCGAGGAUGUGUAUGGGUUUUCGUCCGCGGCCGCCGGGUUGACGUUUCUCGGUAGCGGCGUCGGUAUGAUCACAGGCCUUGCUGUCUCGGGGAUAGUUAGUGAUCGGUUGCUUAAGAGACAAAAAGCCAAAGGGGUAUCGCUAAAACCAGAGCACAGGCUGCCGUUACUUCUGACAGUCCCGGCAUGUCUCUGCCUACCCGCUGGAUUAUUCAUUUACGGCUGGGGCGCAGAAAAGCACGCACACUGGAUGGUUCUUGAGGUUGGAACUGCGAUUAUCGGAACGGGCAUGAUCAUUAUCAUGAUGUCUGUCCAGACUUAUCUUGUCGACGCGUUCACUGUUCAUGCUGCAAGCGCUCUGGCCGCAAAUACCGUCCUACGGAGCUUGAUGGGCUCCCUUCUUCCCCUAUGUGGGCUUCAAAUAUAUGACCGUUUGGGCCUCGGGUGGGGGAACAGCCUCCUUGCGUUUAUUGCAUUGGGUCUUAGCCCUAUACCAGUGUUGUUCAGGAUAUUCGGGGAGCGGAUACGGACACAUUCUAGGAUGAAGCCUGCUGAGAAGAACAGCACUUGA